AUGGAGACUAGAUUGGGUGGCGAAAGAGCCAAGGGAAUCACGGAUAGGCUACCGUUUGACGGCGCCAUUCACACUGAAACAAUCGGGUAUACAUGGACUAAUAGGAGAGACCUGAACAGCCUAAUUCAAGAGAGAAUUGACCGGUUUUUCACAAACCCAAGUUGGUGCCUUUUGUACCCAGAGGCUAGAGUUACUCAUUUAACUCGCUGCCACUCUGACCAUUGUCCGGUUCUUAUGGAGACAGCCCCUAGGAGAGUUACUCACCUUAAUAGACCUUUCAAGUUUCAGAGUUUCUGGUUAUCUGAUCCUUCUUUCCCUGGGGUUGUGAUGAGGGCUUGGAAUCAGUCUAGAAACCUCCCAGCCUCUAUAGAGAAGUUUACUAGUGAAGCGACUCAGUGGAACAAGCAUUAG